UCCCCUGGGAAAUGCCAGAUAGAGUAUUAAGUAACACGAAGUAGUUACUAUAUCUAUGCACGAAUCCUCUCUUCUAGCUAGCUACUGCGUACCGUACCGGUGGUGCUGUGUGCUCAAAUCUACGAUUUAAGGAUCAGUCUUAUAAAUUGACUACAUCUAUGGCCUCUAGAGCUAGAGGCAGACGUAGUGCUAGUGCAGGCUACAGGCAUUCAGUCGAACAAGCCAGAACAUAUCGAAAACCAACAUAUGGAGUGAAAGUGAGUAACAUUCCGUCAAACUAUCUGACAACAUCACUCCAAGAUCUGUUUUGCACGUGUGGGAGUUGCGAUGUAGUACUUGGGGACAGCAGCAUAUCUGCAAAGUUUCAAUCGCAGCACUAUUAUGCAUACGUCAAUUUUGAUUCUCUUGAGAAUGCUAGGCUAGCUGUGUCGAAAUUGAAUGGCCAUCUCGUCAAUGGAAGUACUCUCAGCGUGAAAAUUCAGGGAUCUGGAUCUGCAGUCGUCAGUAAUGGUCAACCCUCAAGCAUUGCUACUACUAUCUCAACGGUUUGUACUGUAAAGGUCACCAACAUCUCAAAGAUCGUCACUGAGAGUAACCUUAGGGAGAUAUUCAGUUUUUCCAACAGUGUUCCAUUAGCUAGUGUAAAGCUGAACCAAAUAUCAUCAAAUUCACACAAUUUUGCCUACGUUAACUACCACAGCCAUGUUGAUGCUGACAGAGCAGUCAUUGAGCUUAAUGGGUGUUCUACGAAAUGUGGUUCAAAGCUCCAGGUGAAGCAUCACAGACAAUCUGCCAUACAGCCUCCUGUGACCACUGAAGCUGCUGUAGGUGGUACUGUGAGUCAAUGCACAGUCAAGGUGUUGAUAACACAAGGAUCAACAUCUUCGAGUGAGUUAUACAGUUAUUUCACCAACUUUGGUGAAUUAAAGGAUGAGCCAAAAAUCAGACAAGGUGAUCCAAACUUUGCCUAUAUUAACUUUAAGUCGGAAAACAGUGCAAUGAAUGUUGCUCAAUAUCCUAGUCAUGAAAUCGGACCUGGUGUUACAGUCAAAAUCCGCCUAUCGAAAACUUCUUCUAGUCAACCAGUGAUGGCAGUCACAGUCCCACCACGUGUACAUGCUCCAUUGUUUGUACCAAAGCAUAUCCCUUGCAAUGCAGUCAUUUCCAGUAUUUUGACAUCUUCUGUUGAGUAUGCUCAGUACAGGAACUCUAUAGCACCAGUUUCUUUGAUCUGUGAUAAAAAUGGUGAUGGUGUUGUGCUUUUUGGGGAAAGUGUGAAUCUACCUUCAGCCGAAUCUGUCAUCACGUCUCUUAUUGAAAAACUACAACGUCAGCUUAAUGAUAAGGUGUUGGAGCUACCUUGCAUGUAUGUACCUGCCUUCUCAAACCCAGCAUUAGUGAGCAGCCUUGCCGAAAUUGAGCAAAAUUGUAUGGUACAGCUUCAGGUACAAUAUGGAUCUACAUGUACGAAGGAUGUUAAGUCCUUUUCAACCAUGGUUUCUAGCAAGUUAGUAAGUCACGCAGCAGCUGCUGAAGUAUCUUCUUUCGGUAUAGCACUUUAUCAAAAAAAAUCAACUAGUGGUGCGAGUAACCCGCCAGUCUCCUAUGUUUGGUCUUGGAAAGAUGAUCACCAUGUUUACACACAGUAUGACUCAGUGUCUUCCACUAAGAUUAGUGAGCAUUAUAAUUCUUCACCACAAGGUUCACUACAUCUGACCAUAGUGACCAAACUCGGUUCCACCUCUUACGUAGUGGAUUUUGCAACCAUGAAGCAAACAAAUCUAGAGACUGGUCACAUUCGAAAGAUCAAAAAAUCAUCUUUAGAGAAUCCAGACUCUCUGACUUGGUUCUACGAAGAUGAUUCCAAAAAAAUGGCUCCUUAUUCAGCCUCAGAAUGUGUGCAAAUUGAAGAGAUGUAUCUUUCCAGCAAACCGUCUGACCUUGUGAUCAAUGGUAAAGUGUACACAUUUGAUUUUACAACGCUGAAACAGAUCAACAAAAACACCUUAUAUGAACGCAAGAUCGAACGGAAUGCUCCUCACCUUAAGCCCAUGAAAGAAUCGUUUUUCAAUUUACAAAUCGAAGGCUUGCAACAAAAUAUCGUCAUAGCAGAGAAAAUGCUUAAAGAGGAAUUAGACAAAGCUGUUGUCGAAAAAAUUCAUGUGUUACCAACAACCACAGACAAUGCUUUUCAAACCGAGGUAAUGACCACUCUUCAGAAGUACUUUGUGUUAGCAAGCGUUGUUGGAGACACUGUUCAAGUACGAGGCGUACAAGGAUAUGUAGAAAAAGUGAUGCUGAUAGUACGGGAGAAAACACUGGAUUUCGAAAAGGAAUGCUUAGCUCGAGCAUCAUCUACCCCACAUAGUGCGUCUGUGCCAAGCAACUGGGAGGUACAGACAGACAAGUUUGCUCUGAAAGAAGUACUUCAUUCCAGUUCAGAGUGGACUGAAAUUGAAAACAGAUUCCACAAAACCCUGCCAAGCACAGGUAUUGUCUCGAUUAAACGAAUUCAAAACAAGUGGCUGUGGGAUCGAUACUCAUUUGCUAAGCAACGCAUGUCUGAAAGAAAUGCUGGUAUUGUCAACGAGCAAAUGCUCUUCCAUGGAACACGAGAAACUCCCCCAGAAAAAAUCUACAAUUCUGAGCAAGGGUUCGAUUUUCGUUUUUCUACGAAAGGAAUGUGGGGAACAGGAACGUAUUUUGCUAUCAAUGCUAGCUAUUCUCAAAGCUAUUCCUAUUCCACUAUUCAAGGAAAACAGAUGAUACUAGCAUCCGUUUUGACAGGUGAAACAUAUCGGUGCCCUCCAGAUGGUUCUCUCAAGAAACCUCCAAUUAAGCCACGCAAACAUGGCAGUUUUGAGGAUGAGCUUUUCGACAGUGUCAGUGGACAAACGAAAGGGAGUGAUGUGUUCAUUAUUUACGACCAUGAAAAAGCAUAUCCGUACUACCUGAUUACAUUCAACAGAUACUGAUAAUGCAAAAGACUUUUAUUGACUAUAGCUUAUUUUGUGUGUGUUGUAAUGUGCAUUUAGAAUCUGUUUUCCUGUACUGUCACCCUAGCUGCUGUGGGAGUGUUAAUCUGGAAUAGGCGAUAUACGCAUUUAAGAAUUAUUUCACGGC